AUGCAUUUUGAAGGGUGCGUGCUUGUGCUUUCGAGUUGCAUCGUUGAUGACGGUACACAUGUCAACAUUUUUCAGCUGUCGGAAAAGCGAGUGUUGUUCCUUGCAAAUCAUUUGGGCCUUGCUGAUCAUUUUGUUAUCAUGUCUGCCUUACGAAACAAAGGAAGCAUUGUUGAAAAAUAUAUGUGGGUGAUUUAUAAUAUUUGGAAAAUGACACCGCUAGGUGUGAUGUGGAUUAUACACGGCAAUUAUUUUGUGAGUGGUGGCGCUUCCAAGCGAAAACAAGUGCUGGAGGAGUUCAAAUCGCAUCUGAGAAGGAAUUACUGGAAGAACGAUCAUCGAUGGAUUAUAAUGUAUCCUGAGGGUGGGUAG